AUGGGAUUCAUUCCAAGGGAUGCCGAUACUACGACGUUGACAAAAGAUAGCAAUCUCCGUUCUGGUUCCCGUUAUGGUGUUGAUGAAUAUACAGUUGAUGUUUGCGAUCUGAGGCCUUCGUCCAAGUCCGACCUUUGGUUGGAGACCAAACGCCUAAGUAACACGCUGGCACUCAACUACGAGCGAGCGCUUUGGUGUUCUGCUAGUCCAGCACGUGCUAUGGGACGUGAGCGAAGAAAAAAACUCAUUGAAAUUCCUGGUUUACCAGAACCAUGGUUGGCUUACAUGCAUCUCGUAAAGAAGAAGGUUUUCUAUUACAAUCCAGAUGCAAAUAAGUCUGUAUGGGACCUACCUUCAGACGUCAAGAAAAAGUCCGAAGUAGAUCUGGAUGCGGUAGAGGAGGAGAUACUUAAAAAGCUCUUCACUGAGGACAACGAUAGUCUCGAAAUGAUGGAUUGUACGGAAUGGGAGGAGCCUGCCGGGUCACCAAAAGAUCCCGGUGAAGCGAUGGAAAUCGAUUUCACCGAGGAUCUUCGUCAAGUACGAGGUUCUGACUACGACAAAGAAACGCUUCCUUUGCAUUCUCAAAGUCAUCAGCCAUUCACUACCAUCUAUGGUACGAGUCGAAGCUGCGUGGUUUUUGACACUUGCGCGCUUAUUGAUGAUCCUAAUUUGAUUCGCGACUGUAUCUCCAAAGAUAUCUUGGUGGUAAUUCCCUACCGUGUCUUCUACGAAUUGGACAAAAUGAAAAAACUUACCUCAACGUCAGAAUCAGCGGCAGAAUUACGGCGGAUAGCAACUCGAAUAAUUCACAUCUUACGGGACGUCCGUGGGUCUCCGUUGAUAUACUGGGAGAGCUCCGCAGAGUCGUUCUCCUCAGUCGAUGGGUUUACAACAAGCUCCGAAGAAGAUGUGAAUGAUGACUUCAUUUUAAAAUGUGCCUUCCGGAUUAAAGCGUUGUUAGAUGCAAGAAGUGAUGGUUGGGAGACUGUUUUCCUCACCAACGAUCAGCUUCUGUCUCUGAAAGCACAUGCAAGCCGAAUUCCGUGUUAUAACGUGAAGGAAACGAAGGCGAUAUUGGCGAGAGCCCCUAUACCGGUGAUCGAAAAAGUGGAAGAACAAGCAGAAUUCCAUCCCACAGUUCAGGAUAAGCCGUCAACGUCGACUUCAAAAUCUCCCUUGCGAAUUGGCGUAAAAAAACCAGAAAAAGUACUCAAGCGGAAGAUACAAAGGGAGAUCAAUUAUGACCCUUUACGAAGCCCACUCUGUAUUUCUAAAACGGAUAAAAAGAAAAACAUUGAGAAGCUUAGACGCCCACAUAGGGACCAAGAACCGAAUACCGGUACUAAAGAUCCGUUGAAACGUUUUGAAGAGAUGUGGAAGCCUCUUGUAAAAGUUUUGGAGAAAAAAGUCGAGGGAAGUUCUGUAAAACACAAGAGGGAUGUUAGCCGGUUACGAGAAAGUGCUUCAAAGUUUAUUGAAAGUCAGGACGACAAAAAUCUUCUGUUGCUAGUUCAGAUGACAUGGUGGCUUUACUACUACUAUUAUCCUCUUGAGCGGAAUGAAAAACAGAAGGAUAACUACAAGGAUAUUAUGAAAGACGGCUUGCUCAAAGAACUAACAAACCCAUCGGCUAGGUCGCAAAAGAUGAUGAAUAAAUUGCGGAAAUUUAGCAAAGAUUUCGAGUCCGUCUACGGGUGA